CGCGAAGAGAAGGCUGAAAGAAAAUGGCGAGUCAAAAAAUAAUGAAAAGAAAGGGGAGAAAAUCAAUGAGAAUUGAGAAGUGACCCAGAUAAAGAAAGAAAAGAGAGAAGGAAAACAACCAAGAAGGCCUAGAUUUAUUUUCUUUCCUGCCAAACAAGAAAAUAAUUAAUAAGAGAAAGAAAGAGAGAGACUUUCUUUUCAUCAUCAUCAUCAUCAUCACUGUCACCUUCAAUUUUGUCGUCGAACAACACUCCCAGAAAACGAGCUAAACACAAGUAAAGAAAGAGAGAGAUUGAUGGCUCUUGCUAUGGGGAUGGGUUUGGGUUCGUCUUCUUCGGCAACAGUUGCCGUUGAUAAAGCAACAUGCGAUCUUUUAAUCGGUCCUGAUUGGACCAUGAAUAUUGAUAUUUGUGACUCCGUUAAUUCUCAUCACUGGCAAGCCAAAGAUGUAGUGAAAGCUUUGAAGAAAAGGUUGCAGCACAAGAGCCCUAAAGUCCAACUACUCACUUUGACGCUUUUGGAGACAUUGGUGAAGAACUGUGGUGAUUAUGUCCAUUUUCAAAUUGCUGAAAAGAAUGUAUUGGGGGAAAUGGUGAAAAUCAUAAAGAAGAAGACAGAUAUGCAUGUGAGAGAUAAGAUUCUGGCUUUGCUUGAUUCUUGGCAAGAGGCAUUUGGUGGGCCUGGAGGAAAACACCCUCAGUAUUAUUGGGCAUAUGAGGAAUUAAGGCGUGCUGGAGUUGAAUUUCCCCAGCGAUCAUUAGAUGCGGCUCCAAUAUUUACACCACCGGCAACCAAUCCAACAUUGAGGCUUACCCAACCUGGUUAUGGAAUGCCUAGCAAUUCUUCUAGAAGACUUGAUGAAACAAUGGCUGCAGAGAUUGAAGGCUUAAGUUUGUCAGGCUUGGAUUCCAUGUGGGAUGUUAUGGAGCUCUUGAAUGAUAUGCUGCAAGCUGUUAACCCUGGAAACUGUGAGGCUAUAAAAGAUGAAGUGAUAGUUGAUCUUGUCGACCGGUGUAGGUCGAACCAGAAAAAAUUGAUGCAGAUGCUAGCUACAACUGGGGACGAGGAACUUCUUGGCAAGGGUCUUGAACUAAAUGACAGUCUGCAAAUCUUGCUUGCAAAACAUGAUGCUAUUGCUUCUGGCUCUCCAAUGCCAACUCAAGUUACAAGCUUAUGCUCCAAACCAAGUGAAGGAUGGUCCUCAGACAUCAAGCCAACUGAAGCAAGGGAUGCCAGACCAAGAUCUACAACUAAUUCCACCACACCAGUUCCUAAUGUGACAAGGAGCGCUAUAGAUGAAGAUGAUGAAGAGGAGGAUGGCUUCGCACAGCUAGCUCGGAGGCAUUCCAAAACACGUUCCAUGUCAUCUCAAAGCUCAUGUGGAACAAACGGGGCUCUUGUGCCAUUGAAUGCUGGCGUGCCCAUUGCAUCAACCUCUUCCCCACGCAAUGCUCUGGCUCUUCCUGACCCACCUGCACCAGUAAGAACCAUGAAAGAGCAGGAUAUGAUUGACCUUUUGAGCCUCACCUUGUCAACAUCAACCUCCCCUCACACCCCACCAAUCUCCAAAACCAUGCCUCAAUUACAUGUUUCCUCCAAUACACAAGGUUAUCCGUAUGUUUCUCGAACUUAUCCUGUAAACCAUGGGCCCAUUCCAUACAACAGCUAUGUCGUUCCAUGGGCCCAGCCUCAAACUCAGCAGCACCAAGUACGACCUCCUUCUCAACCCCAGUUACAGCAUCAAACUCAGCAGCACCAGUUACCACCUCCAUCUCAACCACUGCAACAGUUGCAACCUCAACCCCAGCAGCAAGCAGUGCGUCAGCCUCAGCUGUACUCGUCCUGCUACCCACCUCCACCCUGGGCAGCUACAACUGGUUAUCUCAACAACCAAAAUCACACGUCUGCUACAAAUAAUAUGUUUUCAUCUCCCCGAGCCAACAAAACUGCAUCUUAUACACCGGUGCAAGCUGCUAGACCUGUGCAACAAUUUAACUCAUUUCCCACAAAAGCAGGCAAUGGAUCAACCAUGAGUGGUGAUCCUUGGAUGAGUUCCGCCUCUAGGAUACCUGCAGCUCCAGGACAAAAGCAGUCCUUUGUUCCUCCAUACAGGUUGUUUGAAGAUCUAAAUGUUCUUGGAAAUGCAGAUGGAGGUAUAAAAUGACUGGCAGCAGACCACCAAGCUUGUCAGGAUCAUCUGGCGAAGGUAUGGUGGGUGGGAGCAAGUGAAAUGUUAGUGGGGAAUAGGGCGCACAAACUGGAUAUAUCUUUGUGAAUAUGGCUACUGCCUGUUGUGUGGUCUUUCAGUUUGGGGUGUGUAAGAAGGUUCAUUUUUAGAUGUACCGAAGGAGGUUGAGGCGAUAAUAGCUCUCCAUUCCCCAUUGAUGGGUCGUCCAUCCAACUCUUGGGUAGCUUCUGCUGGUUAUCUAAGCACUUGCCUAUGUUAUAUGAAAUUGAUGUGGGAUUUAGUGGUUUUGAUCUUCAAUUAACCCGAAUUGCGAAAAGUAGCCAGGCUCUUCAUUGGAAGCUUGUAGCUGGCUUCAUCA